AAGAAACUCGAUGCUCAGUUUGAUAGUUGAAUCGUAGCAAUGAGCAUCCUUUUCCUCGCGGGUGCAAGUAUCGCAAGAUAAAAAGAGUAUCUUUUAUUUUUUCGCCCUACUACUGGAUAUAAUGGUGUUUGUAAAGUGCUAGAUAAAAAUGUAGAAAAAAAAGAUAAAUUGUAGAGGUGCGGUGACACAAACUUAACUAGGUACUAUGUACAUGAGGUUGUUUCAUGGAUUUUAAAGUGUCAUUUCGGCUUUUUUAAAAUGGUCCCCUGAUAUGAAAACAAAGUGUUUCGAUAAAUAACAUUGUGCAACAUGUACGUGUGAUAAUGGACCAUUUGAUAUUCAUAGUGGCACCUUCUACAGCAAAAGUGAUCAAUGAAAGCCUUUGAUGGCGUGUGAAGUAUCCAUUAAAGUAUCAAUAAAUAGUCAUCACUGAUAAUAGCUUUAGCGAACUUGGUGUGGUAUGGAGGUAACGCAUUCUGGAGUGAUAAAAGUAAACAGUGAGUUCGAGUCACCGAAAAGGGGGAUGGUUUGCGUCAUCAAAAGUUUUUCGGUUUGCAAAGGCAUCGAGCUGAGAAGGUGCAGUUCUCUAGGGAUCACAGCACCAAUAUUUAUUCAAACGCGGAAAAUGGAGCAGAGUGUUUGCGAAACCCACAGAUAAUGUGGCCAUAGAAAGACUUCACCAAAUUGAAUGUAAUUGCUUUUGUCAAUAAGGAAGCGAUAUCCAGGUAUCGUUGCCGAUCCAACCCUUUAGGUGUUUUUACAAGCACGUGUAAAUUCAUACUACAAUUGCACAAGUGCAAAUAAAAGCAUUCAAUGUGUCUUUUACAAUGAUUGACGAGCUCGAAUGAGUUAUUUCCACUUCGUACAACGAUCAUCAUUUGCAGCUUAAUGACAAUGGAUUCGAAAUAAUUCAUCAAGAAUUAAUACUUGCAACCCAGUUUAGUCUCACUCUUACCACACCAUCAAACUAAUAGUGAAGAAAAAGACUGAAAAGUACAAAUAUUUAUACAAUAAAAUCAAAAGUGUUAUCUGACAUGAACCUGUGAUGAAUGGAAACUUGGUUGGGUGUUAAGUGCAUUAGUUUAGAACUCAAAUGGAUAUCAUAACCCGGUUCGCAAGCAGCUUCGCUGGCCUUUGGAGAAAUCGCAGGCGGCCGCAAAAUGAGGAUGCUUUCAACAACCGCAUCCAAAGUAAUCACGAUCCGGAAAUUACUGCCCAGCAGGUAAAAAAAUAUCUACAGGCCAAUCCUGAUUUUCUGGACGGUUUCGUCAUGGACGAAAUUCAACUGGAGCAGCUCGAACGAUGGAUGAUUCGAAAAACCCAAAGGACCCGAAAGGUAACCCAAACGGAAAAGAAUGGCCGAAAGACUAGCCUAAGCCGUUGGAAAUUUUGCGUGCACGCCGACAAACGUCAAAUGCUGCAGGACUUAAUCCAUUCGCUCCAACUUCGGCCAACGAAGAUGCACGUGCUCUGGGAACUGGCCAACUGCAUUUGCUCGGCCGUCAACGCGGACGGAUUCCGGCUGUAUUUGACUGACGCAACCGAAGCAGAAUCUCUUCAUCUGUGCCUGAGUAACAGUUUUAUCGACGAAAAUGGUGACCCCAAGCCACUCCAGAUCAAAUCGGAUGCAAUCUUACCAAACUACGUCGCCAAGGUUAGAGAGAAUUUACGUCUAUCCAGAGGGGACGUAGAUCAUCGAUUUCCGCGCGAUCUGCUGGAUAGGAGUGAAAUGGCUCAUGUUAUGUGCCAGCCUAUUGUUUAUCCCGAUGGAUCAUUGGUAGCGGUAUUGGAGCUCUGGCGUCGUGAUUGUGGAGCACCAUUCUACGAAGAGGACGAAGAGAUCGGCUGUAGCUAUCUGGUGUGGGGAGGUAUAGCCAUACAUUACGCUCAUCUGAAUUUGGUUGGCCUGAAACAGCGCAAGUUGAACGACUUUCUGUUGGCAGUCGUGAAGUCAAUUUUCCAGGACAUGGUCAGCAUGGAAAUGCUUGUUUCUAAAAUAAUGAAUUUUGCCCAACGACUGGUCGAUGCGGAUCGAGCCUCGUUAUUCCUGGUAGACUCUAAAAGCAAAGAACUUUACGCAACCAUCUUCGACGUAGGUUGUGACAGUAAAGCGACCAAAACUGAGAAUGAAACGGAUCCGAGCAAGGCACCAAAUGAGAUCCGUUUCCCGUUAGGAACCGGCAUCGCAGGGCAAGUUGCCUUGACCGGAGAGGUUUUAAACAUAGUUGAUGCAUAUGCUGAUACGCGAUUUAAUCGCUCGAUAGAUCAGCUAACUGGGUACAAAACAGAGUCAAUUCUUUGCAUGCCAAUUUUCAUUCGGGGAAGCGUCAUUGGAGUAGUUCAAAUGGUCAAUAAACGUACGGGUUGUUUCAACAAAGAAGACGAGGAAGCGUUUGAAAUGUUUGCAGUUUACUGUGGAUUAGCCUUGCACCACGCAAAACUGUACGAUAAAAUACGAAGGUCCGAACAAAAAUACCGUGUGGCACUUGAAGUGUUAAGCUACCAUAACACGUGCACAGACGCUGAAGUGGAACAAUGUCUGGAAGUCGGAAUUCCACAGAAAAUACCUGGCGUAGACAGCUACGAUUUCAGCCCAUUUGAUAUCGACGAUCAUCAAAAGGCUCUUUACAGCGUGUUUAUGUUUAAGGAUUUGUUUGGGCUGGGACGAUUUGACCAGAACAGCAUAAUACGAUUUACACUGACGGUUAAAAAGAAUUACAGAAGGGUGCCCUACCACAACUGGACUCAUGGUUUUUCAGUGGCAAACACAAUGUACAGCAUAAUUAAGAAUUGUGGCGCCGUUUUUCGCCCAAAUGAGUGUCUAGCGCUCUUCAUUGGAUCACUUUGUCAUGACCUGGACCACCGCGGGAAGAACAAUAAAUUCAUGCUAGAUACCGAAGCUCCCUUGGCCGCCAUUUACUCGACAUCAACAAUGGAACAUCAUCAUUUCAAUCAAACGGUCACUAUCCUGCAGCAGGAAGGACACAACAUAUUUGCGAAGCUAAAUAGUAGUGAAUAUAAGCAAGUACUAAGCCUGAUCAAGCAUUGCAUCCUAGCAACUGACCUCGCCUUAUUCUUCCCAAACAAAGCGAAGUUGACUAACUUAGUUGAUGAGGAGAAAUUCUCCUGGACAAUAUCGGAACAUCGAAUGCUGAUUCAAGCGAUCGCCAUGACCGGCGCUGAUCUGUCUGCUUCGGCGAAGCCAUGGGAAGUGCAAACAGAAACAGUUAAGGUGAUAUUUGCUGAAUUCUAUGACCAAGGAGACGAGGAAAAGAAAGCGGGCCGAAAGCCCAUUCCGAUGAUGGAUCGUGAUCAACCGGAUCAGCAAGCGGCAUCACAGCUGGGUUUCCUCACCGGAAUUUGUGUUCCAUGUUAUACACUGCUACAUCGUUUAAUCCCUGAAACCAAACCGAUGCUCAACAUGUGCAACGAGAAUUUGAAAACAUGGCAGAAAAUUGCGAACGAAAAUGCAAAAUAGGGAUAGGAAUUAAGCACAAAUUAGGGCACCAAAUCCUCUCAAUGUAAUACAUAAUCUAAUUGUCACAAUUCGUUUUGUGAAUGUUGUGUUUCUCAAUGCAAGCAUUAAAAAAUGAGGUGGUCUGUC